CUUAAAAUAAUUUCCAAACACAGGCUGCACUAGCUGCUGUUAACACUUUAAACCUGUCAGCAAUGGUGAUGUUAACAUUCUCCCUAACGCUAUUUUGGCUUCCGUUGUUUCCAGCUAGCUCUUGCUAAAGUGAGCCUUAGCAAACGGUGACGUUACUCUGCAAAACUUAAGCUAACUAACACGUUAAUGGCAGGCACAGGCGUAACAAAACACCGCUGUUUGCUGCUGUAAUGAGGUGUAAACAUGCGUUUUAGUAGUUACAAAGUGAUGGCGGAGGAGAGGAGUGGAGAGGACAUUGUUUCUGAAUACCUGGGCCAGAACCCGCAGCUGGCCCAGUGGGUGGAGACUUUCAGGGGCUAUUGUGAGACCAACAAACAGUGGGUUGCCAGAAGGGAGUUCAUCCUGAGAAACAUGGAGGCUUUCCCCACUAUUGAGCAAGGAACUCCCAGCAACAGUCUAGACAGGCUGCUGUCUCUCUCCAUGGUUUGGGCCAAUCACGUUUUCCUCGGCUGCAGGUAUCCACAGGCUAUAAUGGACAAGAUCAAAGAGAUGGGUGAAGGAAUAGUUGUUCAGGAUGCUCCAGUUCGAACAACAAGGGAUGAAAUCAUGGCUAAAGGGAAGAGGAGUGCCAAUGCUGGGAGUGAUGCUGACAGCUGUGUUAAAAGGCCCAAAUCUAAUGAAGUGGAUGGUCGGUCUGCUGGGAAGACAGCAGCACGGCCAGUCAAUCAGAAAUCUGGACCUCUACCACAGGCUCCUGCUGAGCACCAGCCCUUCUUCAACCGCCUCUACAAGGCUGUGGCCUGGAAGCUGGUGUCAGCUGGGGGCUUUGGUCCUAACUUGGACCACUUUGAGAUCCUCCGCAGCUGCGUGGAGUCGUGCAAACAGAGCCUAAGCUGUGUGAUCGUGCCACUGAAAGACAUCCCAGACUUGCCUGCAGGCCGCACACAGAAGGAAGGCCACGUGUGUGAGCUCCGCUGUCAGACUGUGUACAUGGGCACAGGGUAUGGGCGUGACGAGGCCGCCGCCAGAGCCAUGGCCUCAAAAGAAGCCCUAAAAGUCUUUCAGGGUCGCAAAGUGGCAGUGAAGAUCUGUAGACGGAGGUACAGAGGGAAAGAUGUAGAGGACUUAAUGUUGUUGGAUGAUCAACCUAGGAGUCAGGGGUUUCCACCUGCACUCAGCUACCCCUUUCAGUCAGAGCAGCUGGAAGACGGUUCAUCAUAGGAAGACCAAGCAAACAAACCAGUGUGCCUGUCUGGGCAUCGGGAAGUGGAGCUACUGAAGUGAUCCUGAGUAGGGACCAGACUGUCAUGCCAUCAAACAUCCUAACAUGAUACUCAGCUGGAUUUGAAUUCUUGCAGAGUACUAUUUUGUUUUGCUUACUGUCUUAUAUUAUGGGUAGCAAGGUAUCCAAACUGCCUGGUUUUGGUCCCUCUGAUGUUUUGGGGUUUUUUUUGGCUCGGUUGUUUAGGGGUGCCAUCACACUUUGUUUGUUGUCUUUGGUCUAACCCAUGCCUAACUCCUGCCUAGUAAGAGAUGUUGGUGGUUGAGGGAGUUAAUCAUAACUCAUGGUCUAGCACAACAUCACCCAAAAAAACAAGGUGCCUGGAUUAGUCAGGCACACUUUAAAAACACAAGGAUCACAGCUACAUUUGUUGAUAAAGAGGAAGAAGACUUUUUUUUUUUUCAAAGCCAAUGUGUGACGAAUCUUCAAGCUUUUCAAGAAGAGGGAAUGAAAAGGUUCUAUUCCAGUCCCUGUGACUUGAGAUAAGCGCGGCGGUUUUUUCUGAGGUGUUUGCUGUAAUUGAACUUCCCUGGUGUUCAUACCAGUGGGGAAGACAUGAUUAAAUAGUUGAAAAUGAACGUCAGUCAGGACUGCAGUUUGUCCUUGUUUUAUUUUGUUAUGCCGGGCUUUCCAAGCAUUAGGAGCUCCUUUGGCGUAGGUGUCAACAUCAGUGUCCUUAUACCUAUAAAACCUUGUGUUUUCAGGUUGUUUCUUGGAGUUAGUUGGGUUACUUUUUAACUCCUAACAAACAGCACUGCGGUUCUCUUGGAAGAGGACUGAGACUUGCAUUUUUGUGUUUCUCAGUGCUGUUAUUUGGUGCCACCACAGUUUGAAUGGCAUUGUUCUUAUCCAGCAAAACAAACCAAACGAAAUCAGCAAAUGCUCCACAGAGUUUGACUGAACUGCUGCAAACGUGGUAGAUGUGAACAUAGUCUGACCUGUCUGCAGUUUGAUGAAAGCUCUGGAAUGCAAUAUUGUUCUUGCUGAAAAUUUGGAACACAUCAGACUGCUGUAAUCAGCUAACCGGUGGGGAAAAAAAAAAAAAAAAAACUCCACCUUGUGACUCACUCAGAUGAGCCCUCUGCUGACGGUUGGAUUUCUUUGAGUUUCAUUCUAUAGCCACAGAGUGAUUUUUGACUAAUGUUUCUACAGUUAUCAACUUUUGUGUUUUUCUCAAAUACAUAGCCAUUGUCAAAUCAUACACAGAGGCACUAAAGGCUUUUGUUUUAGUUUAUUUAGGCCUAACCUUGAAAAUUGAAAAACCACUGAGUGCUACACUAUGUUUAAACUAUUGGGGUUUAGAUUAUUUCUUUGAACAUGUUUCCUAAAUCUAAUGUGUAUAGUUCUAAUGUUAUUUAGGGGGGGAAAUGCUGCUGUGGUGUCCAAAUUUUUUUUUUCUCAAUCUGGAUUGAAUGAAAGUUAGUGUAUUGAAGUGUGAAUGUCCACACUGGUCCAUAUUAUUAUAUGUUUACAUCAGUGGUCCUGUUUAUAUAUUUUUUUAAAUAAACAUAAUUUAACCAA